UUGACGGGAAUUAAAUGGAAAAGAUAUGUGUGGCAAGGCCCAACUUCUGCCCCUAUUCUGUUUCCGGUGACUGAGGAAGACCCUAUUUUGAGCAGUUUUAGUCGAUGCCUUAAGGCAGAUGUACUUGGUGUUUGGCGGAGAGAUCAAAGACCUGGAAGAAGAGAAUUGUGGAUAUUUUGGUGGGGUGAAGAUCCUAAUUUUGCUGACCUUAUUCACCAUGAUUUAUCAGAAGAGGAAGAUGGAGUGUGGGAGAAUGGACUGUCUUAUGAGUGCCGUACUCUGCUUUUCAAAGCAGUUCAUAAUCUGUUGGAGCGGUGUUUAAUGAACCGGAAUUUUGUUCGUAUUGGCAAGUGGUUUGUAAAACCAUAUGAAAAAGAUGAAAAACCUAUAAAUAAAAGUGAACACUUGUCCUGCUCUUUCACCUUUUUCUUGCACGGAGACAGCAAUGUUUGUACCAGUGUGGAAAUUAACCAACAUCAACCUGUGUACCUUCUUAGUGAAGAGCAUAUUACUCUUGCUCAACAGUCUACUAGCCCAUUUCAAGUUAUCUUAAGCCCAUUUGGACUAAAUGGCACUCUCACAGGACAGGCAUUCAAGAUGUCUGAUUCAGCUACCAAAAAAUUGAUUAGUGAAUGGAAGCAGUUCUAUCCUAUUUCAUCUUGCUUGAAGGAGAUGUCUGAAGAAAAACAGGAAGAUAUGGAUUGGGAGGAUGAUUCGUUAGCUGCAGUAGAAGUUCUUGUUGCUGGUGUCCGGAUGAUAUACCCAGCCUGCUUUGUUCUAGUCCCUCAGUCAGACAUUCCUACUCCUAGCUCUGUGGGAUCCUCUCAUUGUUCUGCUUCUUGCUUGGGUGUCCACCAAGUGCCUGUUUCCACAAGAGAUCCUGCUAUAUCUUCAGUUACUCUUACACCACCUACAUCUCCUGAGGAAGUUCAGACAGUUGAUCCUCAGUCUGCCCAGAAGUGGGUCAAAUUUUCUUCAGUAUCUGAUGGCUUCAACUCUGAUAGUACUAGCCACCAUGGUGGAAAAAUACCAAGAAAAUUAGCAAACCAUGUGGUGGAUAGAGUUUGGCAAGAAUGCAAUAUGAAUAGAGCACAAAACAAGAGGAAGUAUUCAGCUUCAUCUGGUGGUCUGUGUGAAGAAGAGAUAGCAAAAAAAGUAGCAUCCUGGGAUUUUGUUGAAUCCACACAAAGAACAAAUUGCAGUUGUUCAAGGCACAAAAGUCUCAAACCAAGAAAUCCUGGACAACAAGGACAGGUACCAUCUUUAGGUCAGCAACAGCAAGUACUUCCUAAGCACAAGACCAAUGAGAAACAAGAAAAGAGUGAAAAACCGCAGAAACGCCCCUUGACUCCUUUUCACCACCGCGUAUCAGUUAAUGAUGAUGCUGGUGUGGACACAGAUUCAGCUGGUCAAAGACUUGUGAUCUCUGCUCCUGACAGUCAAGUGAGAUUUUCAAAUAUCCGAACUAAUGAUAUAGCAAAGACUCCACAGAUGCAUGGCACUGAAAUAACAAAUUCACCUCAGCCACCCCCACUUAGUCCUCAUCCUUGUGAUGUGGUUGAUGAAGGAGUGACUAAAACACCAUCAACUCCUCAGAGUCAGCAUUUUUAUCAAAUGCCAACACCAGAUCCCUUGGUUCCUUCUAAACCAAUGGAAGAUAGGAUAGACAGUUUAUCUCAGUCUUUCCCAGCCCAAUUCCAGGAUGCUGUGGAACCUACAGUAUAUGUUGGUACCGCAGUAAACUUGGAAGAAGAUGAAGCUAAUAUAGCCUGGAAGUAUUACAAGGUCCCAAAGAAAAAAGAUGUAGAGUUUUUACCACCUCAGCUUCCAAGUGAUAAAUUCAAGGAUGACCCAGUUGGACCUUUUGGACAGGAAAAUGUAACAUCAGUUACAGAGUUAAUGGUGCAAUGUAAGAAACCGUUAAAAGUUUCUGAUGAAUUAGUGCAGCAAUAUCAAAUUAAAAAUCAGUAUCUUUCAGCAAUAGCCUCUAAUGCAGAACAAGAACCUAAAAUUGAUCCAUAUGCAUUUGUUGAAGGAGAUGAGGAAUUCCUUUUUCCUGAUAAGAAAGAUAGGCAAAAUAGUGAAAGAGAAACAGGAAAGAAACACAAGGUAGACGAUGGAACAACUAGUGUAACAGUGUUAUCACAUGAAGAAGAUGCAAUGUCAUUAUUUAGUUCCUCUAUCAAGCAAGAUGCUCCACGCCCUACUAGUCAUGCCCGUCCCCCAUCAACAAGUUUGAUUUAUGACUCAGAUCUGGCUGUGUCUUAUACUGACCUUGAUAAUCUCUUCAAUUCUGAUGAAGAUGAGCUAACACCUGGAUCUAAAAAAUCAGUGAAUGGAUCAGAUGAUAAAUCCAACUGCAAAGAAUCAAAGGCAGGAAAUCUGGACCCAUUAUCUUGCAUAAGCACUGCAGAUCUUCAUAAGAUGUAUCCUACACCACCAUCAUUGGAACAACAUAUUAUGGGAUUUUCUCCUAUGAAUAUGAGUAAUAAAGACUACUUACCUGAAGAGUGUGUUUACCGUCAGAGUUGGACUGUUGGAAAAUUAGACUUGCUUCAUUCAGGUCCUGCAAUGCCAUUCAUCAAAGAGAGUGACGGAAGUAAUAUGGAUCAAGAUUAUGGCCCAGCUUAUACGCCUCAAACCCAUGCAUCUUUUGGGAUGCCUCCUAGCAGUGCACCUCCUAUUAUAGAUGUGAGUAUGCCAUGCUCACAGGAUAUACUUCGAAUGCUCCUUUCUCUUCAACCAGUUCUUCAGGAUGCUAUUCAGAAAAAAAGAACAGUAAGGCCUUGGGGGGUUCAAGGUCCUCUCACUUGGCAACAGUUUCAUAAAAUGGCUGGCCGAGGCUCUUACGGAACUGAUGAAUCCCCAGAACCACUGCCAAUCCCCACAUUUCUGUUGGGUUAUGAUUAUGAGUUUCUGGUGCUUUCUCCAUUUGCUCUUCCUUAUUGGGAGAGACUUAUGCUGGAACCCUAUGGAUCUCAAAGAGAUAUAGCCUAUGUUGUACUGUGUCCUGAAAAUGAAGCCUUGUUAAAUGGAGCCAAAAGCUUUUUCAGAGAUCUUACUGCAAUAUAUGAGAGAUAUAACAACCCACUAUUUUCACAAAAUUCAAUUUUAAUCAUGGCACCCAAGCUUUUGAAUCAGACGCUUUACCAUAGUGUUUUUAUAGAUGUGAGUAUGCCAUGCUCACAGGAUAUACUUCGAAUGCUCCUUUCUCUUCAACCAGUUCUUCAGGAUGCUAUUCAGAAAAAAAGAACAGUAAGGCCUUGGGGGGUUCAAGGUCCUCUCACUUGGCAACAGUUUCAUAAAAUGGCUGGCCGAGGCUCUUACGGAACUGAUGAAUCCCCAGAACCACUGCCAAUCCCCACAUUUCUGUUGGGUUAUGAUUAUGAGUUUCUGGUGCUUUCUCCAUUUGCUCUUCCUUAUUGGGAGAGACUUAUGCUGGAACCCUAUGGAUCUCAAAGAGAUAUAGCCUAUGUUGUACUGUGUCCUGAAAAUGAAGCCUUGUUAAAUGGAGCCAAAAGCUUUUUCAGAGAUCUUACUGCAAUAUAUGAGUCCUGUCGAUUAGGACAACAUAGACCUAUUUCACGACUGUUGACAGAUGGCAUCAUGAAAGUUGGAUCUACAGCAUCAAAGAAACUGUCAGAACAUUUGGUAACAGAAUGGUUUUCUCAGGCAGCUGAUUGUAACAAUGAAGCAUUUUCUAAACUCAAGCUUUAUGCACAAGUCUGCAGAUAUGACCUAGGUCCUUAUCUUGCUUCUCAGCCAUUGGAUAGCACGCUGCUUUCCCAGCCAAAUUUAGUUGUCCCUACAAGUCAGUCUUCGAUUACUUCACCUCAGAUGACAAAUACUGGAAAUGCUAACACUCCAUCCACCACCCUUGCAUCUGCAACAAGCAACACUGUGACAUUGACUUCAAGUGGUGCCAUGUCUUCUUCAGUUGCCACAGCUAACUCAACUUUGACCACAACUUCAACUUCAUCUUCGUCAUCUUCCAACUUGAAUAGUGGAGUAUCAUCAAAUAAACUAACUUCAUUUCCACCCUUUGGCAGUAUGAAUAGUAGUGCUGCACCAUCCAUGUCUACACAGACAACUACAGUUCAGAAUAGCCAGCUAGGAGGGCAACAGUCAUCUUUACAGACAGCUGGGAUAUCUGGAGAGUCAUCUUUGCUUUCUACUCAGCCCCAUCCUGAUGUGCCUGAAAGCACAAUGGAUCGGGAUAAAGUUGGAAUACCCACAGAUGGUGAUUCACAUGCAGUCACUUAUCCACCUGCAAUUGUUGUUUAUAUAAUUGAUCCUUUUACUUAUGAAAAUAAAGAUGAGAGUACUAACUCUUCUAAUGUAUGGACAUUGGGGCUACUUCGAUGCUUUCUGGAAAUGGUCCAAACUCUUCCUCCUCAUAUCAAGAGUACUGUUUCUGUACAGAUUGUUCCUUGUCAAUACCUGUUGCAGUCAGUGAAACAUGAAGAUAGGCAAAUCUAUACCCAACAUUUAAAAUCCCUAGCUUUUUCGGACAAUCUCUUUAUUCCAUAUUAUAGAGCUCGUCGGAAAAAAGGUUCUGCCAGAAGAUUUGGUCUACAGAAACUUUGGGAAUGGUGCUUAGGACUUAUACAAAUGAGUUCAUUACCAUGGAGAGUUGUAAUUGGACGUCUUGGAAGAAUUGGACAUGGAGAAUUAAAAGAUUGGAGCUGUUUGCUGAGUCGUCGAAACUUGCAGUCUCUAAGUAAAAGGCUCAAAGAUAUGUGUAGAAUGUGUGGUAUAUCUGCUGCAGACUCUCCCAGUAUUCUCAGUGCUUGCUUGGUAGCAAUGGAACCCCAAGGCUCUUUUGUUAUUAUGCCAGAUUCUGUAUCAACCGGUUCUGUAUUUGGAAGGAGCACCACUCUAAACAUGCAGACAUCUCAGCUAAAUACCCCAGAAGAUACAUCCUGUACACAUAUACUUGUGUUUCCUACUUCUGCUUCUGUGCAAGUAGCUUCAGCUACUUAUACCACUGAAAAUUUAGACUUGGCUUUUAAUCCCAACAAUGAUGGAGCAGAUGGAAUGGGUAUCUUUGAUUUGUUAGACACAGGAGAUGAUCUUGACCCUGAUAUUAUUAAUAUCCUUCCUGCAUCUCCAACUGGGUCUCCUGUACAUUCUCCAGGAUCUCAUUACCCACAUGGAAGUGAUACUGGCAAGGGCCAAGGUACUGAUCGACUUCUUUCAACAGAAUCUCAUGAUGAAGUAACUAAUAUUCUUCAGCAACCAUUGGCCCUUGGUUACUUUGUAUCAACUGCCAAAGCGGGUCCAUUACCUGACUGGUUCUGGUCAGCAUGUCCUCAAGCACAAUAUCAGUGUCCCCUUUUUCUUAAGGCCUCUUUGCACCUCCACGUGCCUUCAGUGCAAUCUGACGAGCUGCUUCACAGUAAACACUCCCAUCCACUUGACUCAAAUCAAAGUGCAGCUAGAGUUGUGGAUCCGGAUUAUCGCCUAGGCCCAACUUCGGACCGCGCUCUCGAUUUCUGCCGCGACCCGCUUCUAGGACGGGGAGGUGGUGUAGGGCUUUCGCUGGUUCUGGUUUUCGCCCAAGAGCCCACGGUUCUUGGCUCUUCAGCUCCAGCAGUCGGCCCCUCUGCUUAA